CUCGUUCCUCGUUUCUGAUAUUCAGAAUCUGAAAGAGAAGAAUAAAGUUUGUUGCCGGUUACACAGAAAUGGUAUAAAAAUCAACGAAUUUGAAGAGGCAGAGUUGUUAAAAGAAGAUUAGUUUUAGUUUAUUUUUUAUUGCAGAAUCGACGUGUUGGUUAUUUUUUGUGAACCGUAAAUAAAAUAAUUCGUGAUGAAGCUGUAUUGCCUAUCGAGCGAACCAACAAAGCCAUGUCUGGUCCUAAGCUUCAAAGGAAUCACAUUGAUGUUGGAUUGUGGUUUAAAUAUGCAAUCCAUUCUGCAUUUUAUGCCUUUGCCGAUGGUUCCUAGCAGCAAGUUUAAUUCCUUGCCGACCUGGUUCCCACGUGACAAUCAGCAAGAUUGGCAAGUCGAAGGAGAGCUAAAAGAAUGUUGCGGUAGAAUUUUUGUGGACUCAGUGCCAGAAUUCUCUCCUCCUCUGGAAAAAAUUAUCGAUUUCUCCGAGAUUGAUGCUAUUUUAAUAUCUAAUUACACCUGCAUGCUUGCGCUGCCCUUCAUAACAGAGGGUACAGGUUUCAAAGGUAUAAUAUAUGCCACCGAGCCGACGUUGCAAAUCGGACUUUUCAUGGAAGAGCUGGUGGAAUUUAUCGAGCAGACCCCGAAGGCGACAAUGGCUAAACACUGGAAGGAAAUGUUGCAUAUGUUGCCACCUCCAUUAGCGGAUGUUAUUAAACCAAAAUCUUGGAGGCACAUCUAUUCCACAUCGGCUGUGAAUUCGGCAUUAUCGAAUAUCCAGAUGGUCGGAUACGAUCAAAAGCUGGAUAUAUAUGGUGCUCUAACAGUUACACCAAUCAGCUCAGGCUACUGCUUAGGCAGCAGCAACUGGUUAAUAUCCUGCGAUCACGAGAAGGUUGCCUUCGUCAGCGGUUCGUCCACGUUGACCACUCAUCCCAGACCCAUGGAACAAGCCACCCUGAAGCAUGCCAAUAUGUUAAUAUUGACAGGCUUAACACAAACACCUACUGCUAACCCGGACACGAUGCUUGGAGAAUUGUGUAUGACUGUGGCUGUGACUCUCAGGGGCGGAGGAUGCGUUCUUAUACCUUGUUACCCUUCUGGCGUCGUGUACGAUUUAUUCGAAUGCCUGAGCACCCAUUUGGACAAGUCUGGCUUUACGCAGGUUCCUCUCUUCUUCAUUUCUCCGGUGGCGGAGACGUCCUUGGCUUAUUCGAACAUUCUGGCCGAAUGGCUGUCGACAAAUAAGCAAAACAAAGUUUAUCUUCCAGAGGAACCGUUCCCACACGCUUUCCUCGUGAAGAAUGCGCGAUUGAAGCAUUAUACGUCCACGUAUGCCGAGGGAUUUAGCAAUGACUAUCGACAACCCUGUGUUGUUUUUUGCGGUCAUCCCAGUCUACGAUUCGGCGAUGCCGUGCAUUUCGUGCAAUUGUGGGGCAACAAUCCCCUACAUACCGUCAUUUUCACUGAGCCAGAUUUCCCGUAUUUGGACGCCCUCGCUCCGUUCCAACCAUUGGCUAUGAAGGCAGUGCACUGCCCCAUCGACAUCCUCAAUUUCACUCAGGCUAAUAAACUCAUACGAGACUUGAAACCGGAGCAUUUGGUUAUUCCAGAAGUUUAUACACAGCCUCCUUUAACUGCGCCCCAUCGAACGGAUCUUGUCAUCGAGUCUGUUGGAGAAAAACCCUUGAUUACGUUUAAACGCGGAGAGGUGAUAAAAUUGCCGUUAAAGCGAAAGAAAGGCCGUGUAUUUAUUGAGCCAGAAUUAGCUGGCAACAUCGUACCGAGCGAAGUGCGACCGGGCUUGAGUCUCGCUUCUGUCACCGGAGAGCUAGAAGUCAAGGAUAACGUGUACACCAUAAAGAGUAUAGAAGAUAGACCGAGUGGAAAGAAAGAUACCGUCAGGUACGCCUGCGCCGUCAAGGAGGAAGUGCUGAAGGAACGGAAACACGAGUAUGGGAAUCUGGAUCCACAGGAGUUGCUGCAAAAGCUCAAUCAGGAGGGCAUCCAAGGUGCCAAGUUGCAACACAGUCCCACCUCCACAAGUAUUCAUCUGCAAGAUGAGGACACUCUUAUUCAGAUUGGAGACAAUUCUACGCAUAUUUUCUGCAAUGGCGAUCAAAAGAUCCGUAAACGUCUCAGAACUAUAAUAAUGCAGUGUCUGAAAAGAUUUUGAGGUAUGAUACACGUUUACAGUAUUUCGACAUCUUGUGAGACAAUGUUUUAUACUGCUACGUAUAUAUAUUAUAUAUAAUUUAUUGUUUUAAAA